AACUUCAAGGUCUACCGAGAUUUUGCGAGAAUUAUAAAUCCAAGAUGGCUCCGAAUUGGCCAGAGGAAGUGGAUGUGUUUUCUGUACCACAUUUUAGAAUGAAAGAAUUGGUACAGGGCUAUUUGGACCAGAUGACAGCAACAAACUUUUCUAAUGUCAUCCAUCUUACAACACUGCUGAAGAAUCUAUGUGAUACAUUCCGAGAAUUUAAAGUUCAUGAACAAAUUGAAAAUAAGUAUAUAUUGUGUAAGCUGCGGCAGAAAUUACGAUCUUUGUCGAUACGGAACAGUGCCGUCUGUAACUGUCAUUCAGAUAACCGUCUGACGGAGAUGAUAGAACUGGUGAAAGAUGGUUUUGAUUGGACAUGGCGUCCACAAGCCGACAGAAUGCAUUAUGGGUUUAAGUUACGUCGAGCGUUAGAAGAUUUUACUCAGACAUUUAUCCCUCACAUGGAAGAAGAAGAAGCUGUUUUUCAGCCGAUGCUGAUCGAAUAUUUUUCCUACGAUGAACUGAAAGCCAUCAAGGCCGAAGUUAUUCAUCAACAUUUAACAAAUGGUUCAGAGAAUUAUCAGGAAGAAAAAUUUGUUGAAGAUACAAAAUCUAGAGAAGUAAGUGAUGAAGAAGAAGAUGUUAGAAGUAGUUUGGACAGACUACCAGAUGAAGUUUUAUUGUUGAUGUUUAAGUUUUUAUCACCAGUUGAUUUAUGUCGAUGUAGUCAGGUAUCACGAAGGUUCAACCAUCUAGCUCUAGAUGCAUCACUGUGGACUCAACUUUAUCCUGUACAGUGGGUUAAAGGUAUAUGGUCAGUAGAUGAAGUAUAUGAUAAUGAAUCAGACUAUGAUAAAAAUGUUCACGAUACGUAUAUUGUUAUUGAUGAGGAUGCCGAUAUUGAUGAAUCACCUGGUAGUGAAUUAUCCAGUGGUGGUGACGACAACGUCAGACAGGUAAAAAGAGAAGUAAAGGUAUUAUUAUCUAUUGUAAAAUAUUUACUUCCAAGAGUUGGUUCAGCUGUCAAGAUAUUUAGUCUAGCCUAUAGUCAGGGGAUCAGUAAUGGCAUGGUUAAAAGAAUACUGAAACUUUGUCCGAAUCUUGAGCAUUUGAACUUACGACAAACCCGAGUAACAGAUGGCGCUUUUAAGAUAUUUGGGCAGACAAAAUGUGGAAAGAAGUUACGUCAUAUUGAUCUUAGUGGGUGUGACGGAAUUACAGACGGAACUCUUCGUAAAAUAUCACAAAUCUUUACAGAUACUACCAACGUAAAACAAAACAAAAUCCCGGCAAAAACAUUACAAAACUGUGUUGAAACAAAAGACAAUAUUAGUGCUGUUCCUGAAUUGGUAAAUCACUUCAUGUGUUCACAGUGCGGACGUAAGAACAUCGGUGAUUCGAUAAACGAUAAAUUAGGAUCAAGCGAAACGCUAGUGUCAGUUGAUUCCACGGUGUCUAUUUUACAGGAUUGUUUAUUUGAGAAUUAUUCGACGUGCGAUCAGUCGACAGGUUUGUCUGAACUACAGAUGGAGUUUGAUCAAUUGGUUUCAUUGGUAAAGGGGGAUAACUCUGACCCAUAUCAAACACAAACAAAGAUUGACUUUAGUAUGGUGGUACCAACAAUGGCAACAGAACAAGAGGUGUCGUCGUCGACAACUGUUAAUGAUUCAAACCUCUCUAGUGAUACUGAUGAUACCACAGAGAUUCCUGCAGUAUCCCAACUGGAAUAUUUAAAUCUCUCUGGUUGCCAUCGACUUACAGAUACUGGAAUUGGAUAUUUAAUGAAGAUGGAAAGAUUGCCGUGUUUACGAUAUCUGGAUUUAUCAGGAUGUUUCAAUAUGACUGGUUCCGUCAUCCGUCAACUGGUCAAUAUCUGUGCUGUGUUAGAUCACUCACAACUCUACUACUGCGAUAACUUGUCGGAAGAUCCAUUCCCACAGACGGCCAGCGGUUGUCUAAACGUCGACUGUCAAUCUCGAUACUGCUGCAGAAAGUAAAAGUACAUAUUUUCUGGCAACCAGUGCUACUAUUUAUUGUUUGAGGGUGAUCAAAGGACAAGCUGUUUUUAUCCAGUGACAGCCAUUUUUAAUAUUCUGUCUAAUUCAUAUAUAUAUCUAUACAUGUACAUCUAUACAGUGUAAUAAUGAAUUGAACAUUUAUAUAGAGUCUCCGAAAUCCUACUGUUUACAAAUUAAAAUGUUAAAAGGACAGUUUAUUUUACAGGUCUCAAAAAUUGAAAAUGAAGACUUAUGAUACAUUAAAAUGAAGAUGUAUAUCUAAAUGUAAAAAUAAAGACUUUUAUUACAUCUAAAUGUAAAAAUGAAGACUUAUGUUAUAUCUAAAUGUAAAAUGAAGACUAAUGUUACAUCUGAAUGUUAAAAUGAAGACUUUUAUUACAUCUAAAUGUAAAAAUGAAGACUUUUAUUACAUCAAAAUGUAAAAAUGAAGACUUUUAUUACAUCUAAAUGUAAAAAUGAAGACUUUUAUUACAUCUAAAUGUAAAAAUGAAGACUUAUGUUAUAUCUAAAUGUAAAAUGAAGACUAAUGUUACAUCUGAAUGUUAAAAUGAAGACUUUUAUUACAUCUAAAUGUAAAAAUGAAGACUUUUAUUACAUCUAAAUUAUAAAAAUGAAGACUUUUAUUACAUCUAAAUGUAAAAAUGAAGACUCAUGAUACAUCUAAACGUAAAAAUGAAGACUUAUGUUACAUCUAAAUGUUAAAAUGAGACUAAUGUUACAUCAACAUGUAAAUGUAAAAAUGAAGACUAUGUUACAUCUAAAUGUAAAAAUGAAGGCUUUUAUUACAUCUAAAUGCAAAAAUGAAGAAUUUUAUUACAUCUUAAUGUUAAAAUGAAGACUUUUAUUACAUCUAAAUGUUUAAAAAAGUAAAUGUUAUAUGAUUUUAACAAUUUUUUGUUUCGUUUUUUUUCUUUCUUACUCUGUGCCACGGCUAUUAAAAUUGGUCUUUCUGUUUAUUAAAAUUUG